ACGGGUACGCCGCGGUGACGUACGUACGUAUGUGUGGUGACAGAUUUGAACUCACGCUGGUCCAGUAUCAAUGAUUUUCUUCAACACCGUGAGAGAGAAAUGGCAACAGAUAAUGUGGAGUUUUAUGAACGCAUGCAGAAACUGCAAGCAGUUCAACAACAGAGAGAAAAGCAGAGACUGAGCCUUGAGCAAGAGUUCAAUUCAUACCUCAAGUCAGACCGGAGAUUGAACAAUGUGCGUGCCAGCAAGCUGCAGAGUUACUGGGCCAAGGUCUGCGAGGAUGAACGCCGCAGCCGUGCUCGCAAUGAGCAGCUGCUACGGGAGUACGAGCGUGUGGAAGCGCACGUGGCUGCCCUAUCCGCUAGGACUGACAGGCUGAGAUUAAUCAAGGAUCAGUACGAGAAGCAGAUUGAGAUGAUGUAUCCUCGAUGGCAAGAGCAGGUGGAACUCAAGCGACGGCAACAACUGCUGCAACAGCAGCACGACCAACAGCAGCUGGCACAGCGACUGCAGGAGCUGCACCAGCGGCAAUCCCAACAAGGGCAGCCACAACAGCAUCAAGCUCAAGCACAGCGGCAGAGCGCGCAACACUAUCCAGCCCAGCAGCAGCUGUCAGCACAGCAGCAACAGCUGCAUGUGCAAUCUGAACCCCAACAGCAGGUUCCACUUGCCGAGCAGCAGCAGUUGUGGCAUUCACAGAGUCAGCACCCUUCCUCACAGCUCAUCCAGCGAGUGGACCUAAAUGAUUACCAUCACCUCAGGCGGACAAGCCCACUGCUAGCCAACCUCCACACCCAGGUAAACAUGCCACCGGGCAGGACACCAGAAGACCCUUGCUAUGCAAGCAUCCAGUUUGGCACUCAGCCGCUUGGGCUGGCAGAUAAGGUCCCCUCGCUGGGGCACGUCCAGCCAGCAAGCCCUCAAAUAGUCGGCAGUUCUGACAGCUAUGAAGUGCCAAGCGCAUUUAGUGACAGUCACCUCAAAAUGCAAAAUGGAUUGCCAGGUUAUGGCCAGGAACAGGCCAGUGGUGUGACAGCAGGACAAGUUGGCAUUGUGGGGAUGGGUUCUGGUUUGCAAGCACCACCGGUGAGCAGCGAUGGCGGAUACAUGAAGCUCCAUGGACAAACUGGAGGUCUUGAGGCCAGCCCUUCAGCUGUACAGCCAAGGAGCUCGUCUGUGUAUGCAGAAGUCCAGGAUGGAAGAAUCUCUGGAUCGACCCUGCAGGUUCGAGCAACCCCCAAGCUUCAACCUCACAGUGUCACAGAUGCUGCCGAGGCCCAAGGCACUAAAGCUGCAUCUGCAGUGGUACCAAGAGGAAAGAUGAGAUUGGAGCCCACAGCAGCGGUUCAAGGCGGUGCUGACCCACGGGGCAGGCCAACACCACAAGAGUCACCAGAGGAUGACAAUGACAGCAUUGUCACUCCGCUAGAUGAUGACGACUCUUAUUUGGAGCCGUCUGCUGCCAGGCAGACUGGUGGAAAGACGCAACCGACAUCCAGGGAAGGGCUGAAACUGGCAGAGCGCGCAAGCUCCGCCGUGAGUGCCAAGGCGGCAUCGACAGCCCGGACUGAUCCUUUCACCUCUGAAGAAGACGGUGAAGACGACGAAGACAGCACAGAGAAGGAGGCCUUGCGAGAUGUCCUGCAGCGACAGCUCAAUCUGCAGGAGGAUGCUGAAGGGGAUAAAAGAUCGACACAGGUUGCCACAGCUGCUGGUGUAGCACAGAGCAGGAGAAAGCUACAGCAGGAAGGUAUCGAGCAGCAAGGGGAGUUGACGGGAAAACCAAAUGGUGCUGAACAACCAAAACAGCUCCAGGAAACGGGUGUGCAAGAUGAGCAAGACGACAAGGAAUACUCUGGGACUGACAGCGAGAUUGGGAGCGACGUGAGCUUACCCCUGAGCGACACUGCUGAGGGACCUGGCCCAGGCAGGAGUGAGAAACCCUCAGGCAAGGCGCCAACUGCAAGCAUGGCAGCUCAAGAUAGCAGGUUACAACCCAAGGUUACCACGGUAACGAUGACACAGCAUGGCUUCUGGCGUCUGGUAUCGGCCGUGGAACAUGAAAUUGAAGAUUCAGACAACAUUGAGAAGAUCUACAACUACCCAGAAUGUACCAAGGCUAUCAAAAUGGAGAUUGUCAAGACAGCCGAUGGUAACGGUAACCUGGAUCGUCUAGAUCCCAACGCCAUCAGCAUGGUGGUCCUGGACCAGGUGGAGCAGAUCGUGCUCUCCAUGGCCGGAGGAUGCCUGCUGUCUGAUAAACUCCUGGACACCAAGCGGACCAUUACUGAGGCUACCAUCCGGUCCUUCCUGUACUCCUCGGCCCUGAGUUUCUGGGAUAAGCUUCUUCAGCACCUGGUCCUGCUCAUCAGGAAGGGCGUGAUGGAUGCAGAGGAGGUUGCCAGCCUCGUCGCCCCUCGCCUCAUCGCCAAAGGUUCGACCUUGGCUAACAAGGCAUUUGAUGUGCUGGCCACCAUCUUGCAGAACCUUGAGGAGGAGGAGAGUCAGUUGGAUGAUACGUACUCCACCCUGCCCUCUGCCUCGGCCACGCCCUCUCACCUGGACACACCCCAUCAUAAUGAGAUAGGGGAUCGUCCCCGGGCACCUCCCGAAGUGCCGCCUCUGGACCUGGGUGAAUCCAGUCAUCUCGAAACCCCAGACUUGGAGACCAAUCGUGUCAGCCAUGACAGCUUCUUUGAUGAACCUGCAGUUCCGCUCACAGAGACCAAGGCUUACCAGCAAUUGACGCAGAGCUCCCAGUGUCUCACGACGGCCGGCCAAGACAGUGGCAAGGGAGACGGCGAGAUUGAGGAGGGGGAUAAGGAGUUGUCAGGUGGUGAUGGAGAUGAUGAAGAUGAUGAAAUUGAGAGAGCAACCAGACUGACACCCGAGACACCACCGUCCUCGAGAAACAAGAAAAGGAGGAAUGUCCUGUCUUCUUUUGGAGGCAGCGGCAGCUUAGGCUUGAGCUAUGGUGAUGAUGGUGAUGAUAAGGACACCGGGGGCGGUGCUGGGAAUGAGGGAGGAGAGACCGGCCGGUCAGAGCAGGUGUCCGAUCUCAUCAGCUCCCCGUCACCCUCGCCAAGCCCGAAAGGCUCAGGUUACGUCCCUUCUGGCAUGGAGCAAAGCCUGAAGUCCACCGGUCGCAGUGACCCCAUGCAGCGGUCAGCAGCAUUCUGGGGCGAGGAGUCGGACAUGGAGGAAUCCGAGAUGAGUGUUCCCAUGGGAACGGGGACCCUGAAAUCUGACGACCUCAAGGACGACUUUGACUUUUACGACUGAUUGGGUGCAGGCAAACAGAGACAAAAACUAUGAAAACUCAAGAGGUGCGUUACAAACUUGACUCAUUCUGGGGUGCGAGGAAAAGAAUUCAAGCAGUUCUGUCAGCAACUGUGAUUUGUAAGUGUAAAAGCUUUGCACGGUGGCAAAAAAGUCAGUUGGAACUUGUUUAUAUUCUCCAUGUUUUGUUUUUGACAUCUCACCACAUUAGUAACUCACCGAGUCUGUCACGUGGGUGUCCAUUUUCGUUCUGUUUUUGGCUCCAUGCUAGUCGUGGUGGCAUUCCGCUUCAUUUAAAAACUGAUUUUACUACCUCCUAGCUAUUACCAAAUAUAUCAGUGUCUUAAUGGAAAUAUAGUUGGGUGGCCAAGUCUAUGUAACUAUGUGCUCUGAGUAGGAACGAGAGACGGCAUGCUUUUACUAAGCUACAGUGGUUCUUUGGUGAGAACUCUCGUCAACACAGGUUUAUGAACCCUAACUGUCCUGAAUCCUCCAAUUUCAAUAUAAUAACCCCAGGGUUAGGGUUAUAUAAGUGUCAUGAAUAAAUUGAACCUAGUUUAAGCCUUGAGCUAGUUGAAUUAAGAGCUGUAACCAUAGUUUGUCUGACUUCUGUCAAACACACUGACCAAUGAUAGUGAGACCGACUACUUGGUAUUGGAUUUGACACUUCAGUUUGUUCACAUGCGUAAGGUAUGCCACAGACUAACCACUGGCCGGCCAGAGGUCCUCAAUUGAAAAUGAAUGUGGUUAAAACUCGGAGCUUUUUGAAACUUGAGUCUUCACUGCAAGUACAAACUUGUACAUCUGUGAGAGUAUCCACUAAGCUGUGUUUUUAAUAAUAGCAAAAACCAGCCUAUUGCUGAGAAUCUGCUGCUGAAACAGCUACGUGUAAGAUUGCUUAACUGCAGAUUUGGCUGUGGCUAAUGAAAUUUUCAUAUUAUGUAAAAAAACUGGCUAAGCAAGUAUUUUACACCAUGUACAUUUUUGUGUGCACCUUGUAAUCUUAAAUGUGAUCAAGCUAAGAAUAAAUUGUGAUCUUUGUCGAGACUUGUAAAUUUUUGCUUCAAAACAGAUAGCGGUUUUUAUACCUUAUUUAUGUAAAUCAGUGUUGCCACAAAAUAAAUGAACACUGAAACGGGACAGAAAGGUUA